GACACAUGGGUCGACACCAGAACCUUUCGUUUUUUAUCUAAUGUGUGUCUGAAAUAGGACACGCUGGAGUCAGAUAUGAACAGUCAUGGGCUUUCCUCCGUCCACUCUUGAAAUUUCUGCGCGUCGAUAUUUUAUUUUUUGGAUUUGCGGAGACGUUCCUCGUGAUGUUCAGUGGUGAUAACGGGACUGCGGGCGAUAUUUUAUUCGCGCAUUCUUUCGUUUGAACGAGUCUCGCGUGGACCUAUCACUGAUCCGUGUAAUGUCUUUGCAGUGACACGCGCACGGCUCUUUAACAACUGACUUAACAUGUCGGUUUGUUUUGCAUCGUUUUGUUCGUCUUUAUCACGUAUUUUCUCCCCGCGUUAAUUUCUGGACUGCUCGAUUAUUGGGGAAGAUAGCGGGCUAUUCAUUUUUCAUCUGCAAGCAUCCGCACGAAGAAGAGAGGAAAAAGAAAACGACAGAGAAACGACAGAUGGACGUGAAGAAAUGAAUGAGAUUCACUGAAGAACAGGACGAAUCACAGUAAGGUUCUCCAUCAGUGAGCAGGCGAUAGGGAAGGAGUGUCCCACAUUGAAGCGCCUGCUGACCGCCCUCCCCCCACCACCCUUCGCUUUGUCCACAGCAUGGCUCUCUCUCUCUGGAUCUUCUUUACCUGCACCAUCGGCCUCAGCCUCGUCAGCCCCUCCUCACAGGCGUUAAGUCGCUCCGCAAUGCCGUUUGGUCUGAUGAGGAGGGAGCUAGCGUGCGAGGGUUACCCCAUAGAGCUCCGCUGCCCUGGCAGUGAUGUCAUCAUGAUUGAGACAGCCAACUACGGUCGCACCGAUGACAAGAUUUGUGACGCUGAUCCCAUUCAGAUGGAGAAUGUACAGUGCUACCUGCCAGAUGCCUUCAAGAUCAUGUCACUGAGGUGUAAUAAUCGGACUCAGUGUGUGGUGGUGGCUGGGUCUGAUGUUUUUCCUGACCCCUGUCCAGGGACCUACAAGUAUCUGGAAAUCCAGUAUGAAUGUGUGCCAUACAUCUUUGUAUGUCCUGGGACUCUGUUAAGGGUGCAAGCAGCAAGUUUGCUGCAGGAGGCGGAGCACCAGUCGGGGGCAUGGUGUAAGGAUCCCCUGCAGUCUGGAGACCGUCUUUACGUCAUGCCCUGGACUCCGUACCGCACAGAUAUGUUGUACGAGUAUGCCUCGUGGGAAGACUUCAAGCAGAAUCGAGCCACAACCACUUACAAGCUUCCAAAUCGAGUAGAUGGAACAGGCUUUGUUGUGUAUGAUGGUGCUGUUUUUUACAACAAGGAACGCACACGCAACAUUGUCAAAUAUGACUUGCGCACUCGUAUAAAGAGUGGUGAAGCCAUAGUCAAUAAUGCCAACUACCAUGACACCUCACCAUACCGUUGGGGGGGCAAGUCCGAUAUUGACCUGGCGGUGGAUGAAAAUGGUCUAUGGGUCAUCUACGCUACCGAGGCCAACAAUGGACGACUGGUUGUCAGCCAGGUUAACCCCUACACCCUACGCUUCGAGGGGACUUGGGAGACUAGCUUCGAUAAGCGACUGGCAUCCAAUGCCUUCAUGGCAUGUGGCGUUCUGUAUGCGGUUCGUUCUGUGUAUCAAGAUGACGACAGCGAGGCAGGUGGAGACCUGGUGCUGUACGCUUAUAACACCAACCGAGCACGAGAGGAGCCCGUCCACAUCCCCUUCCCCAACCCCUACCAGUAUGUCUCCUCUGUGGACUACAACCCUCGAGAUAACCAACUCUAUGUCUGGAAUAACUACAAUGUGCUGCGCUACCCCCUGGAAUUUGGCCCACCGGACCCUACCGCUGAUCCUCUUGCCACCACUCAGAUGAUCAGCACAACUCCGGCAAGACCCAUCACUUCCAGCUCCAUCCCCUCCACCAUGCGACCUCUGCCACCCACCGCUCACCCAAUAGGGGCCAUCAACAAGGCACCAGAUCUGCGACCCAUCACUGCCACUGUGCCGGUGACCCGCAGACCCCUGCGGGUACCACCACAGGGCCCUGAGCUGCAAGUGUGCGAAGCCUGCGUGGCCCGAGGGGUGCAGUGGCCCGCCACCCAGAGAGGAGAGACCGUAGACAGGCCUUGUCCCAAAGGAUCAUUAGGCAUCGCCUCCUUCCAGUGUUUGUUGUCACCUGUGCUGUGGAACCCUCGCGGGCCUGAUCUGAGUAACUGCACAUCGCCGUGGGUCAACCAGGUGGCACAGAAGAUAAAAAGCGGAGAGAAUGCAGCAAACAUCGCCGCUGAGCUGGUGAACCACACGCAGGGCCGCAUUUAUGCCGGUGAUGUCAGUUCCUCUGUCAGACUCAUUGAGCAGCUUUUGGAUAUAUUAGAUGCACAGCUGCAAGCACUCAGACCCGGGAAUAAGGAAUCGGCAGCCAGGAACUACAAUAAGUGGCAGAAGAGAGAGCGGACCUGUCGGGCUUAUAUUCAGGCGGUGGUGCAGACGGUGGAUAAUCUGUUGCGUGUGGAGGCUUUAGAGUCAUGGCAGGACAUGAACAGUACGGAGCAGGCACACACCGCCACCAUGCUGCUAGACGUCAUGGAGAAAGGAGCCUUCCUGCUGGCCAACAACAUGUACAAUAACCAUUUCUCCGACCAUGCUGCCAAUGUCGAUCUAGAGGUGCGUGUACUGAACACAGAGACGGAUUCUCAGGAUUUGUCCUUCCCUCAGAACAGCCCCAGCGACAGCAGCAUCCAACUCUCUGCCUCCACCUUCAAACAGUACAGCCGCAAUGGCCAGGUGAAAGUGGUCUUUGUGCUCUAUAAGAAUCUGGGUUCAUUCCUCUCCACUGAAAAUGCCACUGUGAAGAUGGAGAUGGAGGCGGGGCCUGGUGGGCGGGGCCUGGCGGUGAAUUCACACGUCAUCGCUGCGUCAAUCAAUAAAGAGUCCAGUCGAGUGUUUCUGACCGAGCCUGUGGUAUUCACACUUAGACAUUUACAGCUAGAGAAUCAUUUCAGUCCAAACUGUUCAUUCUGGAACUACUCAGAACGCUCGAUGACGGGCCAGUGGUCGUCGCAGGGCUGCAGACUGAUGGAAACUAACAGCACGCACACCACCUGCUCUUGUAGCCAUCUUACCAACUUCGCUGUGCUGAUGGUACACCAUGAAACUGAUUAUCAGGGAAGGAUGCAUGAGUUGAUUCUCUUUGUGAUCACGUGGGUUGGUAUUGUGAUUUCGUUGGUGUGUCUCGCUAUUUGCAUCUCCACCUUCUGCUUUCUGCGAGGCCUGCAGACCGACCGCAACACGAUCCACAAGAACCUCUGCAUCAACCUCUUCAUCGCUGAGCUCCUCUUCCUCAUCGGCAUUGACAAGACACAGUACCAUAUCGCGUGCCCCAUUUUUGCUGGCCUGCUGCAUUUCUUCUUCCUGGCAGCGUUCUCAUGGAUGUGUCUGGAGGGAAUCCAGCUCUACCUGAUGCUGGUGGAGGUGUUUGAGAGCGAAUACUCCCGGAAGAAAUAUUACUACCUGUGUGGCUAUUGCUUUCCUGCCCUAGUGGUGGGCAUCUCAGCCGCCAUCGACUACCGCAGCUACGGGACUAAGAAAGCGUGCUGGCUGAGAAUGGAUAACUACUUCAUCUGGAGUUUUAUUGGCCCGGUGUCCUUCAUUAUCAUGUUAAACCUGGUGUUCCUCAUGAUAACACUUCACAAGAUGAUCUGCAACUCAUCCGCCCUCAAGCCCGACUCCAGCCGCCUGGACAACAUCAAGUCCUGGGCUCUGGGGGCUACUGCUCUGCUCUUCCUCUUGGGUCUGACCUGGGCCUUUGGCCUCCUCUUCAUCAAUGAGAACACAGUCAUCAUGGCGUACCUCUUCACCACCUUCAACGCUUUCCAGGGCAUGUUUAUCUUCAUCUUCCAUUGCGCUCUACAAAAAAAGGUGCAUAAGGAGUACAGCAAGUGCCUGCGUCAUUCUUACUGUUGCAGUCGCACAUCUACUACAAGCUCUCAUGGAUCGCUGAAGAACUCUGCCCUGCGCGCCAACAACCGUUACUAUACCAGCAGCCAGGCACGCCACACAGCGGUGCAUAGACAGAGCAGAAUCCGUCGUAUGUGGAACGACACGGUGCGGAAACAGACAGAGUCCUCCUUCAUGGCCGGAGACAUCAACAGCACCCCCACCCUCAACCGGGCUACAAUGGCGAAUCAUCUUCUGACCAACCCUGUGCUGCAGACCCGUACAGGAACCUCACCCUACAACACCCUGCUGGCUGAGACGUUUACCCCACCCUCACCCGGAGUUUUCAACUCCACUGGAACUUUUCGUGACCCAAAGUGCACUCUGUCUAAGAAUCGAGAUCAUGGAGGCAUGGAGACAUUGCCUCUGAAUGGUAACUUCAACAACAGCUAUUCUUUGCGCAGUGUCGGGGGUACUGGUGGUCCCGGCGGCAGCUGUGACUUCUUGGGAGGCGGAGGUGGGGAUAGUCCCCCUCCCCUACUCAACCCACGGGGUUCAGAAACUCUCGGCGGCAUACGGAGAAACCUCUCGGAUGCAGUGGCAUUUGAGAAGAUGAUCAUAUCGGAACUAGUGCACAAUAAUCUACGAGGUGGUGGGGCUGGGGGUGGAGACAGAACGUGUGGCAGCCUGGCCAGAGGACAUGGCCACAUGGGAAUGGGGCGGGGCAGAGUUGGGGCUGAGCCAACAAUAGGCUUGGAGGACGACGAAGACUUUCGUUCAAGAGAAGUGUGCCAACGCACACCGCAGGACAUGGAACUGCUGUAUAAAGCUCUUGAGGAGCCCCUACUCCUGCAGCGCGCCCAGUCCGUGCUUUACCAGAGUGAUGCUGAGGAAUCUGAAAGCUAUACAGCAGACCUGACUGAGAGCUUGGGUAACAGCGGUCACAGUGGUCAAAGUGCAGCUGGUCAGGGCCACAGCGGAGCCCCUGAUUCACCAGCGCGGGACUCCCUUUACACCAGCAUAACCAACCUUCAAGAUUCGCCAUACCCUGAUAGCAGCCCGGAACCAUUAGAGGUGGUUCCACGCUCGGCCCAGCCUCCAGAAGAGCUGUACUACAGCUCGGGCCAGCCAGCUAUAGGCUCCCGCGGAGCCCCCAUGCAGACCUUCUACCAGGCUCCUCCUAGGAGACCUAGCAAUGAAGCCCACCCCACCCCACCCGAGCCCCCCCACAGUGAGGGAGAUGGACAAAUGCAGUUGGUCACCAGCCUGUGACCAUGAAGAAGAGGUGGAGGAGAAAAAAUGCCACAGGGUUUGAUGCUAAGUGCCGAUGAUGAUGGACUCCUCUUCUGUCUCUAAUGCCCUAUUUAUGUCUGGUUGCCUUUUUACUCUUUCAUUUGUUUUGAAGUGAGAGGUAAGGAAAGCCUACACAGGGAGAGCGAGAGAGAGGUUUGUCUCCAUGGCAGCAAGGUCUCUGAAGUGCUGUGUAACCACGCUCUCUCAUUAGGAUCAUUUUCCACUCCCUCCUAACCCUGACACACACAUACAAAAACAGUAAGUCCAACUAUAUGCCUUUUCUCAAUGGACCUCUCUGCCUUCAGCUCUCUUUACUUCUAGAAUAUCCCCAACCAUUAUAUCCUAGUCUCUAUUUUUCUGUUUAUUUGACGUCGAGUAUUAACAUCUUUUUUUUUUACUUUUGUCGUUCCUUACCUUGUCUUUCCUUUCUCUGUCUGUCUUCAUCAUUAAUUGAUGAGAGUUGUUACACAAGGAGAUGGGGCUAUGCCAUUAUACUGCAAAGUGACAAAAAAUCUCUCUGAAAGCUCUUCAGUGUUGCCAAAAAUAACUGUUUUUGAGCCAGAACACAAACUGGAAUCCACACACACACUCACAGAAGUGCUAGUUACUGAACAUCAAGAGUGUGAACACAUAUAGGGAAAACAAGGACUGUUGUUCAGAAACAGGCUGCCUCAGUGGAGUUGCCUUUAUUUCUCCCUGAACUUUCCCUUCUGUACAGAACAACCACAGAGACCAGGAACUGGGGGAAAGGGAGGACACAACUCAUCGUCAGCAGGCUGUCUUGAAGCUGCUUGGCAGUCCAGAGUUGGACUGUGAAAGGGACCUUUUCAAGGGUUUUGUUCUGAUUAAAGGGGCCGGAUCACAGACUGAAACUGCCUUCGGAAUCACAGAUGGAUAUUUUAGGUGGACGUGCUGUAUCACCUGUGUGUUAUUGUCACUAGAAGAAUUUUUUUGCUACUUCUUCAGCUGAGUCCAACUACUGUAUAUAUACGAAACACAUGAAAGCAAGUCUUAUUCUACUCGUCUCCUGUACAUAGAUAAACCAUAUGAACAAAAGCAACAAAAAAGUAUCAAAUACUAUGAAAAUAUUUCUUGUACUGCUACAGAAAUUGAAAACUUUAACGUUAAAAAAUAAAGAUGUUUUGAAGUUUGUGACCUGAGCGACACUGCAAAUCUCUCUCUCCCUUUCUUUCGCUCUCUCUGGCCCUCAUUGAGCACAGCGGUGCCAGGAAAUCUAAUUGUCUGCCAGACAGUGAGAGAGAGACAGAAAGAUAGAAAGAGAAGGAUUUUACAUGCAAACAAGGUAAAUCCUGGCACAAUUUUUAUGUAAUGUACCCCAUUACAUGUUGGUAAUGUUUGACCUUCAACAUUCCCAGACAGGAAGUGCUUGACAUGAAUUAAAAGGGGAAUACGCUGUGCCCCAGGGCCGCACUGGUGCAGUGUGGAUUGAUUGAGAGCAGCCAUAAUGUAGUGCAGGGUAUGUUUUAUGUGGGGAGUGUAAUAGAAAUCAGAUGACUAGAUGAAUAGAAUAAAAGAUAUUUAGGUGAACAAAAAUCAGAGGCACAUAUCCAGAAAUGUUUUAGUUGCAAACACUAGAUUGUAUUUGACUGUUUUUACAUGUUUCAGUUGGUGUGACAGUUAAUUUACAAUUUGUAUUUGUCUGAAUGUGAACAUUUGGAUGACUGUAAACCAGAGUAUGUGUGUGUGCAUUUAAGAGGCUAUUUUUACUGGGUUAGAUGGACCCACAUUAAAUGAACAGGAGGCAGAGUAAAUCUAUAUCUAUAUUAAAGCUUGGUAGAAGCUUCCAAGAGUUUGUUAAAGGUAUUUUAAAUGUUAUUUUGCCAGUCAAGUACAAUGGAAACUGAGAUACACAGAAAAACAGAAUUCGCAUUCAUUGAGUGACAACAACAUCUGACCAAUGAGAUGCAGUGUUUGUGGGUUAGAAUGCCCAUAUGCAAAUGAGCUUUGUAGCCUAUUGAACAAAAGAGGGAUAUUCAUGAGUGCUCCACCCUUCUGAAGACUGCUCAGUCUUCAAACUCUUUAUCGUCUUUGAUGUUUUACUGUAUUUAUUAAUAUUUAUUUGUCUAUUUUGAUUAUUUAUGCACUUAUUCAUUUAUUCAACCAUGGUUUUCAUUCAACAGUGUGUACAGAGCAUAUGUGGGGAUGAUGGAGAAAGAGAGAAAGAGUAGUGGGGAAUAUACAUGUUUAAUGUGAGUCAGCGGAAGAGGCGAUGUCAAGGCUACACUAGCUAGGCCCGGCCUGGCUUAGCGAGAGCUCCGUAUGGAGCUCAGAGGACAAGGACGCUCUGCUACACCCAUUGUCAGAGGUAGAUGGCAUUGCGAAUCAACACCAAAUCAUUCAUUCAAUGCACUGCCUGCCCACCCCCCCCACCCCCAUCUCUCUCUCUCUCUCUCUCUCUCUCUCUCUCUCUCUCUGGGUUGUGUACCAUUUAUAAUGGCAUUGAGAAUGUCUUUAAAAUGCCAAUUGAAUUCCUGAAUUUGAA